UUCUAAGAUAGUAUAAUUUUCCCUCAUCUGAUUUUAUGAGUAAAAUUAUAACUAAAAGUAAACUGUGGCUGUAAAAUUACUCUCAUCUAUUCAGUAUAUAAUUAAUCAACAUUAAAUAUAGAGUUACUUCAGAAGCCAUCACAAUUCAUAGUUUUGGUCAACUUGGUAAAAGAAAAAGCUCUUGUGAAAACAGUAAUGAGUUCUUUCUAAGCCCAUCUGGGGGAAUCUCUCAGUUUUGAAAUAGGUCCAUUUUAAGAUAUUUCAAGUACCAUUCAGUCAGAGGUAGAAAAAACAAGAUUUUGACUGUCAAAUGGCCUAAUUAUUUACUUAGUUACUCUAGAAACUGAGUAUUAUAAACAUGGCCACAAGUCGGAUCAACCUGACCUGGAGUGUUGAACUGUUUGAUAUUAAUGUUAUUUAUAAAACAGUUUGAUCAUUUGAUGGUCUCAUCCUCAGGUUUUUAAGUCCUUUCCUUUUAGAUUCUCUUAAUCUUCUAAUCUUUAAAGAAUGAAUUAUAAGUAUAUUGUUGAGUGAAUUACUUCCUGAAUUUUUUUCUUUUAAUAAGACUCCAGUUCCAUUGGAAUAAUAUAAUUGAAUUAUCUAUUUUAUUUGGGAAAUAUUAUGUGAAUGAUGUGACGUAGGCCAAAGAUUUUGAGUGUGUACUUAUACUAAGGACAUGGGCUCUCAUUCCUCUUAUUGUCCUUAACAUUGUCUUAAACUUAAACCUUCAUUGGUUGGAAAGUUGCCAAAUGUGUAACUUGUCACUGGUCUAACAGUAACAACAGGUUUAAACAUGCAGAGCAAUAAGAAAGUGCCAAGUCCUUUGCCGUAUCUGUUGGAUACCAAUAACAGUAGAACCAGUGUACAAUAGUAGCACAACAGAAUGCUGAAAACAAUCUUGUGUAAGUUUUCAAAGAUUCUAGAGGAGUUUUUUGUUUAAGUUUUGCAGUUCAGUAGUUUAAAUCUUCUUGUUUCAGUCCACAUCUGCCCAUUUUUUAUUUCUGCAGCAUAUACAGUAGUGAUGAGGAUGAUGAAGACAUUGAAAUGUGUGACCAUGACUAUGAUGGGCUGCUUCCCAAGUCUGGAAAGCGUCACUUGGGAAAAACUAGGUGGACCAGGGAAGAGGAUGAAAAACUAAAGAAGCUGGUGGAACAGAAUGGAACAGAUGACUGGAAAGUUAUUGCCAAUUAUCUCCCGAAUCGAACAGAUGUACAGUGCCAGCACCGAUGGCAGAAAGUAUUAAAUCCUGAGCUCAUCAAGGGUCCUUGGACCAAAGAAGAAGAUCAGAGAGUGAUAGAGCUUGUACAGAAAUACGGUCCGAAACGUUGGUCUGUUAUUGCCAAGCACUUAAAGGGGAGAAUUGGAAAACAAUGUAGGGAGAGGUGGCAUAACCACUUGAAUCCAGAAGUUAAGAAAACCUCCUGGACAGAAGAGGAAGACAGAAUUAUUUACCAGGCACACAAGAGACUGGGGAACAGAUGGGCAGAAAUCGCAAAGCUACUGCCUGGACGAACUGAUAAUGCUAUCAAGAACCACUGGAAUUCUACAAUGCGUCGGAAGGUCGAACAGGAAGGUUAUCUGCAGGAGUCUUCCAAAGCCAGCCAGCCAACAGUGGCCACAAGUUUCCAGAAGAACAGUCACUUGAUGGGUUUUGCUCAUGCUCUGCCUUCAGCUCAGCUCCCUCCUACUGGCCAGCCCUCAGUGAACAAUGACUAUUCCUAUUACCACAUUUCUGAAGCACAAAAUGUCUCCAGCCAUGUCCCAUAUCCUGUAGCGUUACAUGUCAAUAUAGUCAACGUCCCUCAGCCGGCUGCUGCAGCCAUUCAGAGACACUAUAAUGAUGAAGACCCUGACAAAGAAAAGCGAAUUAAAGAAUUAGAAUUGCUCCUAAUGUCGACUGAGAAUGAGCUCAAAGGACAGCAGGCUCUACCAACACAGAACCACACAUGCAGCUACCCCGGGUGGCACAGCACCACCAUUGCCGACCACAGCAGACCUCAUGGAGACAGCGCACCUGUUUCCUGUUUGGAAGAACACCACUCCACUCCAUCUCUGCCUGUGGAUCCUGGCUCCUUACCUGAAGAAAGCGCCUCUCCAGCAAGGUGCAUGAUCGUCCACCAAGGAGCCAUUCUGGAUAAUGUUAAGAACCUCUUAGAAUUUGCAGAAACACUUCAGUUUAUAGAUUCUGAUUCUUCAUCAUGGUGUGACCUCAGCAGUUUUGAACUCUUUGAAGAAGCAGAAUUUUCACCUAGCCAGCAUCACGCAGGCAAAGCCCUACAGCUCCAGCAAAGAGAGGGCAAUGUGCAUAGACCUACAGGAGAACCUAGCACAAGGGUGAACAAACGCAAGUUGAGUGAGGGUUCAAUUGACUUGCUCAAGCCCUUACCUCCUGCGAGGCACAGCACAAUCCCACUGGUCAUCCUUCGAAAAAAGCGGGGCCGGGCCAGCCCCUUAACCACUGGAGACUCUAGCUCCUUCAUACUUGCUGACGUCAGCAGUUCAACUCCCAAUCGUUCCCCUGUCAAAAACCUGCCCUUCUCCCCUUCGCAGUUCUUAAACACUUCCGGUAAUCAUGAAAACUUAGACUUGGAAAUGCCUUCUUUAACUUCUACCCCUCUCAAUGGUCACAAAUUGACUGUUACAACACCAUUUCAUAGAGACCAGACUGUGAAAACUCAAAAGGAAAAUACUAUUUUUAGAACUCCAGCUAUCAAAAGGUCAAUCCUAGAAAGCUCUCCGAGAACUCCUACACCAUUCAAACAUGCCCUUGCAGCUCAAGAAAUUAAAUAUGGUCCCCUGAAGAUGCUACCUCAGACACCGUCUCAUCUAGUUGAAGACCUACAGGAUGUGAUCAAACAGGAAUCCGAUGAAUCUGGAAUUGUUACUGAGUUUCAAGAAAAUGGACCACCUUUACUGAAGAAGAUCAAACAAGAGGUGGAAUCUCCAACUGAUAAAGCAGGAAACUUCUUCUGCUCAAACCACUGGGAAGGGGAGAGUCUGAACACUCAGCUGUUCACACAAGCAUCACCUGUGGCAGAUGUGCCAAAUAUUCUUACAAGUUCCGUUUUAAUGACACCAGUAUCAGAAGAUGAAGACAAUGUUCUCAAAGCAUUUACAGUACCUAAAAACAGGACCCUGGCGAGUCCCUUGCAGCCUUGUAGCGGGGCCUGGGAAACUGCAUCCUGUGGAAAGAUGGAAGAUCAGAUGACAGCUUCUGGUCAGGCUCGUAAAUAUGUGAAUGCCUUCUCAACCCGGACUCUGGUCAUGUGAGACGUUUCCAGACAAGCAUUAUGGUUUUCAGAACACUUCAGAUUGACUUAGGAUGUAUCAUUCCUCUACAUGAAACUUUUCAUGAAUGGAAGAACCUAUUUUUGUUGUGGUACAACAGUUGAGAGCAGCACCAAGUGCAUUUAGAUGGAUGAAAUCUUAUCGGAUUUCACCCAACUAAAAGGAUUUUUAAAAAAAUAAAUAAAUAACAGUCUUACCUAAAUUAUUAGGUGAUGAAUUAUAGUCAGUUGUUAAUAUCUUAGUGCAGAUUUUUUUUAAACAUAAAGUGAUUUAUCUGUAUUUUAGAGGAGUCAACAGACCAGUAUUUUUUUAUAAUGAGGUUUUUAAAAUUUUACACAAAAAAAAAGGUACUUCAAUAUUUUACUUUUCUCAGCCACUAAACACAAUGCAUUACUAUAAAUGUUGGAUAAUAAAAUGGAAUAAUUAAUCAAGAUGGUAAAUGCUCAUUUAUGGUUAACAACAUUGGAGGUACAUUUAUUGUACUAAACCAUUUUAUGAGUUUUUUGUUAGCUUGCUUUAAAAAUUAUUACUGUAUGAAAUAGUUUUAUAAAAAAAUUAUAUUUUUAUUCAGUAAUUUAAUUUUGUAAAUGCCAAAUGAAAAAUCUGUUUUGCUGCUAUGGUCUUAGCCUGUAGAGAUGCUGCUAGAAUGAGAGGGUCAGUAGAGCUUUGGACAAAAAGAAAAUUGGUGUUAGGAAUUAACUAUGCACUAGUAUUUCAAACUCUUUUUUAUUUUUUAUAUAUAUACUUUUUUUUCCUUUUGUAAUACAUUGGAAAACUUAUUUGGGAGAUUUUGCAUUUGUUGUUAUUGUUUUUUUUUUUUUUUUUCAUUAUUGUUGGUUUAUAAGAGCAUGCAUUGCACUUCUUUUUUGGGAGAUCUAUGUUGUUAAUGUCCUGUGUUUUGUUUUGAGUUCAGCCUGAUGGUUCUUUAAUUCGGGAGUUAUGUGUUUGAUCAGUAUCACCCAUGGUUACUAAGUGUAUGGUCUCAGAACAGCCACUCAAAACCUGUGUCUGCAGCUGGAGUCAAGAGACUGGAUUCUGUAGCCAGUUGCUGCCUUAAGAACAUUUGGUGCAAGAUGGCUAGCACUGAACUUUUGAUAUGACAGUGUACUUUACUGCCUUGUAGUGAAAUAAAGCUGUGCCCUUAUUUUACUUA